AUGGGUGGUGGGAAAAGAGGUGCCAGGCAUGAGGCCAAGCCUUGGGUGGAUGUUGGCUUGUUAUACAAGUGCUUGGAAAAGCACCAGAAGUUGCUUGCUGACAUGAAGGCAUAUGAACAUGUCAGUUCCCAGGCAGCACCUAAUGCCAAAGCCCUCCUGGAUCUGAAAGACUUGUGGGCUGGAUUGCUAGAGCUCUCACCACAGGGCAGCAUCCAUUCCCAGCCUCUGAGGCAAGCCUUGGUCAGCUUACUGACCACUAUUCCAGACUUGAAUUCUGGAAAGCAUAGUGGUGCUGUCUGGGCAAACCUCAAGAUAGAGAGGCUCAAUUGCAUGCUGAAGCAUGUAAGGCAGUUGGGGAGGAGCACAAAUGCCUUGGGGCCAGCUGCCUGCCAAUUGACAAGGCUUGGAUGCCAAAGUCUUUUGGAAGGCUUGGAAAAGCUGCAGACUGCCCCUGGCCCAAAUGCUGACCCUGGGGAUGCAGAGGUGGUGCCUGAGAACCCAGGGGCUGAACAUGUGGAGCAGGAAGAGGAGGAGCAGAGGCUUGAAGAAGCCUGCUGCAUCUCCCCAGCUUGCCAACAGAAGGCCAAGAGGGCCCACAAACAGUGGAGUGCCUUGGAGCAGGCAGACCCCAGCUCCCCAAGCCAUUUGGUCAGCCAUCUGGAAGCCUUGGAAAAGGCCAAGGAUUUGGGAAAGUCCAAGGCCAAGCCCAAGGCCAAGGCAAGCCAGAGAAAGGACUUGGAAAAGUCCAAGGCAGUGGGUUUGGACAAGCCUACUGCCAAGCCCAAGGUGGUGGUUGAUUGGCACCAGACCUUGGAGAACUCUGGCAGGGUCAGCAGUGAAGACCUCUUUGCUUUGGAGCAACUCCUGGACAAAAGCUGA